GUGAAGCUGAACAGAAAGCAAGUACUUCAGUGCACGUCUAGAGCUGAGGGAACACCAGUUCAGAUGUUUGACUGACGUGAAAGACUUGAUGCAAAGCUUUUUCAACUUCAGAAUAUGGAAGGAGUUGUCUCAUCCUCAUUUGAAAAUCCUGAAUCCCCCCCCAACUGUGAGAUAUUGAUUGUCCACACUGCUGAAGCUGAGGAAUGGGCAAUAUAUUUACAGAGAAUUCUAAAAUCCUCGCGGAAGUUUCUCAGGAAGUCCAUUAUCCUAUACACUGUGGGCCCAGCUGAUCAUCUACAUGGAUAUAACUUUGAACAUUUCCAUGGCAGUAAAUGCAUUGUACCAUUGUUGACAUCACCAUUUCUGGACCUUUUAUGUGACCCUGAGGUCCUGGGGCCAUUCCAGAGACUUCUUCACCCACCUCACAGGGUGGUAGCUCUGUUGUGUGGUGUGUUAGAGGAAGAUGUUUCCAUCUGUAACUUUGAACACUGGCGGAGCUGGAGGAAACUCUAUACUGAGGAUGAACCAGCUCUCUACAUAUCCACUAUUUUAGAGGCCAUCAGUGACAGCAAAAGACAGGAAGCUGACAAUGAAAUUGAAGCCCUUGCCAAAACUGCGAAUGAAACCACACCAGUGAGUGUGGUUGAGAUCUCUGCCCAGGAAAACAAAGACAACAUUAUCUCAGAGACUCUACAAAUUCAGACUAAGAGUAUAGUACACCCUGCCUGUCUCACUGUCCAGCCAAACAGAGUACUUUGUGGGGACGAGGUUACUCUUUACAUCAUCUUGACAAAUAAAUUGGGCUGUCAGUCAAAAAUAGAAGUUGAGUUUUCAUCUAAUGACACAGUUAUUUUAAGGAUCACAGGAAUUCAAGAAAAUGAGUACACAGUCAGUGUUGCUUCGCCUGAUAUGCCAGCUGGAGAGGUGUCACUAACUCUGUACAGUGACGAGUCAUCAAUCAGUUUGAGCCCUGUUACAUACUAUACAAGAAUGGGAGAAAUAAGUAGUUUUCUGGAAAAUGCCUCUGGUCCUAUGGAUUUCAUGUGCCAAGCAUUCAACAUCACUUCUAAAGCAACAGAAACACUUGACACCUUGCUUACAGACUCAGUGAAAUGCAGGAUGCCUGUAAAUGGACUUCAGCUGUUUGGAAUAAGACAGAUUGAAGAAAGUAACAUGGCUACAUAUCAGCGGAACGAAGAGCUUCCCACUGUUCUCCACUUUGCUGCAAAGUACGGUCUGAAAAAGCUUACCACAGUUCUAUUGCAGUGUCCCGGAGCCUUGCAGGCUUACAGUGUGAUGAACAAACAUGGAUACUACCCAAACACACUGGCAGAGAGGAGUGGCUUUUCUGACCUAAGGCAGUUCAUGGAUGAAUAUGUAGAAACAGCUGACAUGCUUAAGUCCCACAUUAGAGACUCCAUGGCAGAGGAGGAGAAUGGGGAUGUGUAUGAGUCCAUGUCUGACAACAUCUUGAAGUAUUCCUUGAACCAGGGUUGCAGGGAGGAUAUUUACGAGUCAAUGAUAGACUUGAAUCCAGACAUGGAAGACCUAUAUGAGUCCAUGGAGGCAGUAACAGGAGAUCCUCUUAACUCAGAGGAAGCUAUGCUAAGAACGUUUUUCACAGGGAGGGAAGGAGAAAAGCACCCAAGUUUUACCCAGGAGGAGUAUGAUAAAAUGAUAGCCCAAUAUGAGGAGGAGGAGGACCCAUAUGAUCCGUGUAUUCCAGACCAAAUCUAUGACACAGUGGAUGAAAAUGCAAGCUGUGUCCUUGAAGUCUUAAAUCGUCCACCAGCCCCAAUUCCCAGACCAGUGACAGUUGCAGAGCCCGAAAGUCCACAAACCUACAUCUCAAGGGUGUUUUCUUCAAAAGAGGAAUCGAAUCCACAUAAUAUUUCCAGAGAAGCAGCUGCUGUACCAGCGAGGCCAGUGAAAGGACAGGCUGUUGCUUCCGGUUCCAUUCCGCCCUCCACCCACGAUCCCUAUGCUGGGAUGAAGACCCCAGGGCAAAGGCAGCUCAUAGCCCUGCAAGAGAGGGUGAAAGUAGGGGCCAUGAGUGUGGAUGAGGCUGUCCAAGAGUUCAAGGCCUGGCAGUUUGACCAGGAAAGGAGAUCCAACUCUAUCCGCUUUCAGCAGGAAAAUUUGAAAAAAUUACGAGACAGUAUUUGCAGACGCCACAAAGACAUGGAGAAGAUGGGAAAGGAGUUGGAACUAGACAUCACCUCUCCACUCCCAAAUAAUUAUUCCUGGGGUACUGACAUGGCCUUGGAGUGCUCUGUGUAUGAGUCCAGCCCCCGGGUCAUGGCCCCACCCCCUCCUGUGCCCCACCCAAUCCUUAGAGGCACCUGGCAAAAAGGGAGCACAUCCAGUACCUCCAGUAGUGGAAGUAACAGACUCAGCACACAUAGCACCAUCAGCUUGAGCAGUGGAACAGAGCCAGAUUUUGAGGAAGCAAUAGACUAUCUCCCUCCUCCACCUCGACCCCCACGACCCACUGAGGCCUCCCCGAACCUUCCCCCACCUAGGAUCCCUCCAAGAGUACCAGAAAGGGUUCCAGAAAAUAUCCUGCAUGAGCGAUACGUAUCAAGCCCAUUGCGAACACUUCCUCAAAGACCAUCACAUAGAGACACCUCUCCACCCUCCAUACCACGUAGACCAUCACAUAGAGACACCUCUCCACCCUCCAUACCACGUAGAACACGAUGAUCUACUUGCUGACAUCUUCAAAUUUAUUUUUAGGAUAGUUUUAAAAUUAAUGAUGUGAGAAAAUACAACUAGAUGUGGAGUGAAUGGUCAACAUUUCUAGAUAUGUAAGCUGCAUCACACACCUGCACUGUUCAUUUGCACAUUGUAACUGCAUACAUUUGUGUUGUGAAGAGUCGAGAUUACAGUGUGUCUUUGGUAUUCUUUUGUUUGUUUUAUAUAAUUUACGCAUGUACAGAUAAUUUUACUGUCUUACUGUAUAAAAUAAGGAACCUAUCACAAUUUUGAUAUUGUUGAUGUGUUAUCAUAUUUUUAAAGGAUGUGUUGAAAAGAUGAUGUCCUGUUGCAUUGUCAAAGGGGAUAAAGUUAAUAGUGCAAAGCUAUGUUAUUUGAGUGAACUUAUAAAGUGACAAAUAAAGUACAAGUACAUA